AAAUAUAAGUUAGUUUGUCAUUGUCAUGUCAGUUUUGCAGUCAGAUCAGGGCGAAAAUUGGAAAAUAAAACAGUAUAGAAUCAUCGGCAUUUUUUGGUUUUAAGGUCGUGAAAUCGUGCCUAUCUAUUUACCGCGUCAUAUAAUUUAUUCGGCCUUCAAGUGGUGCCGGUUAAUUUAAUAAUUUUAUAACCUAAAACUUCGAAGAUGCAAGUUGUUACUCAGGUGUAUCUUUUUCGAAGUCCUUAUACAAUUUGUUAUAUCAAUGAAGAAGUUGUAGUCUUAGCAAACGAAGAACUGUAUAAGGUGUUAAGCUUAAAUCAUAUAACCUACCCAGAUAAAGAAAAUGAAGUCUCCAGUGAUAUUGUAAGGAAAAGGUUGAGAUUGGUGGUUGGAGCAUAUUUCCUGGGUCCUUUCUUGAAAGAAUGCUCCAAUUCUGAAGCUUAUCGGCACAAUGUGAUAGACCGCUUCAAGAAAGUGAGUGGACAUGACAGUGGGACUGUUUUCUUGAAAUUAAUAUUGGAGCCUCCAGAUCAGGAAAUUAUAGAUUAUGCUUGGAAUGAAAAGAUGCUUAAGCUUGUGUGGACUAGAGUAGAAAUUGAGAAUGCAUUUUCAUGGCUCUCAACACUUGGAGGAGCAUAUUCCGCUUUAGGCGACUAUUUUGAGCAUUGUGCUGAGGAAGCAGGCAGAAUAUCAGUUAGGCAGUUCAGACUUUCAAAGAUGCUAGGAGAUGAUGGUUUGGCUGCUCGGAGCAGACUCUAUUCCGCCUUGUCAUAUUCCCAAAAAGGUGACCUGAAGAUAUCCCGCAGGAUUGUCAGGAAUGUUGCAGAAUUUGCUCAAGCAACAAAGGACAAGCGUUUGAUGCGCAUGUGUCAGGGAGUCUGGGCCAAAUUGAAGUAUUUACGGACACUGCAGAAAAAUGCUAAGUUGGAAAGCAGGGAGCAAGGCAAUGGCAAUAUGAUUAAUGGUAUCAAUUGAAACAUAACUUUGUUAAAUUAGCUUCAUCUUGUUAAAUAUGUAACUAUAAUGGUAUUUAUGAAAUUAUUAUGAUAAUGUGAGACAAAUAAAUAUACUAGUGUCUCUGCUAUAAUCCAAAUUAUUUUCAAUUAGACAAGAUGUAGCCAAAUGUCAGGCAAAAAUCUGUGAACUAUUUUUGUAGUUAAAUCUUUAUCAUGAUUAUUUUCAAGAUAGACAUAGGUUUCAAACACGGAAAAAUACGUGUAGAGUUGAUUAUUCUGUGGUUUCAAACAUGUAAUUACUGUAAUGUGAUUGUUAUAAGUUUUUGUUGGUGCUGUGAAUGAAUAAACAUACCUGUUUUGUUA